AUGAUUAUCUCGCCCGAUAAGCGUGUCCUCUACAAGGGACAACGUGAGACCGAAGGCACCAAAGUCAUGAAAUCAAACUUUGCCGGUGUCUACAGCUUCUGUUUCUCAAAUCAAAUGUCUUCACUCACCGAGAAGACCGUCAGUUUCAUGAUUUUAGUAGGUGAACAAUCGACUAUCACUCAAGAUUUGGCAACCAAAGGUCAAAUGCCACAAUUGGAGUCACAAAUUAUGGCUUUAGCUGAUGGUGUGCAAGCUGUAAAGUCUGAACAAUAUUACUUUAGAAUGAGAGAAGCUACUCACAGAAAUACUGCUGAAUCAACAAACAGCAGAGUAGUUUGGUGGUCAAUUUUCGAAGCUUUGAUUUUGGUUGCAAUGAGCGCAUGGCAAAUCUAUUAUCUCCGUAGAUUCUUUGAGGUCAAGCGUGCUGUAUAA